AUGUCGCAUUCUGGAGUUAGCGAUAUUUAUACGUAUGUCAAUUCUGCCCAAAGAAAUUUCCAUUUUUACACUUCUAGAGCUACUGCAAGUGAUUCCGAUAACGAACAAGGAUAUACCGGCACACCAACUUUUUCCAACGAAUCUAACCUAGAAGACGACAGUGAGGGAGGAAUGGAGGGUACAACAGAUAGCGAAGGGGAAAUUGAAUAUAAUUAUCACAAUCAUGGUACUUCUUUUACCACCACAGAAGAUGAAGACGACGAUGAUGAAAUGGAUGUAUGUAGUUCAGAAACAGAAUCUGAAGACAAUGAAGAAGAACAACAAAUUAUUAAUAAUUCAAACAUACAAAAUUUUUACAUCCUUCAAGGAAUGGGUAUAUUUAGAUUUCCAAAUGUUAAUCAUCCUUCUCCAAUUUAUCCUAAUAGUACGGAUGCGACUGUUGCUUCGUCAUCGAUAUCAUCUGCUUCGUCAGCUUCAUCUUCUGCAUCAAAUCAACAAAAGCAAAGUCCACUGAGAUUUGGUUUUCCAAAUGAGAAACGGGCGAGAUCAAUUUCUAAUGAUUGGCCUCAAUCUAUACAGUUUGGGUCUUUGGAGCCUGUUAAUAGUGAUAUAUCGAGUAGACCGAAUCAAAAUUUAAGAUCAACGCAAUUAUCUUCAUCUCCACCACUGCCCAAUAACAACAGAUCAGCAGGAAAUGGAGAAUCUUUCUUUGGUUUCUCACCAGACAACGAUGCUGUUCGUCCUGCGCAUCAUACACCUAUAUCACCACCUCCAUAUAUAUUGGGAAAUUAUUCAUCAAAUCGUACGAGGGUUUUCUCCGCAAAUUCGCGAUCUUCAUCUGCAGUUGUUACGACUCCAUCAACCGAACCUACAUAUGCUCGUUUACAUUCUCAACCACCGUCUUUCUUUUAUCAUCGGACAAUGUUUAAUCCACCCCCAAGAAGGAACUUUAAUCAGACAGUCCCUCAACCUGUCGAGCCACGAAGGCCCACUUCUACACCUAAUCACAAUGUUGAUGAACAACAAGGUUAUAGUUCUAAUUUUGCUCCUGCUAGUCCAGAUAUACCGAUCGUUAUGUAUCCCGAAGUAUUUCAACCACCAGAGAGAAGACCUCCUCAUCACCAUACUAUUCCGGGUUUAUCACAGGCUUCAAGGACAUCGCCAACGUCAUCUUCAAUACCCCCCAGAUGGACACCUCGAGACCCUAGAGGGCAAGUUGCUAGGAUACUUGGAAAUGAAGAAGAACAGGACAAUCUUACUGAAUUACCGGAAAAUUCAGAUAGUGAAGUAAAUAUAACAACAUCUACCGCAGUUCGUCCUCAAUUUAGGCCACCUAGACGUCACGAGUCACGUCAAGAUAAUAAUGCACUCGAUCAUCCUCGCUCUAGAACGCUGGCAGCGUUAGCUGCAGCUACUGCAGCAAGAACGAAUUCUACAAAUGACGGUUCACUGUCUGCUGAUGAACAAAUAGCGAGAAGAAUGCAAGCAUAUGAAUACAGUAGUAUUCAAAACACUAAUGUUUUAGCUAGAUUCCUAGGUGCUGGCAGAGCCCGUUCUAAUGCAAAUCGUCGAGAAACAACUUCGGGUUCAUCAUCUUCAUCGCGCAACGAAUCUUCUAGAAGGAACGCAUCAACGCGUGGAACCGCAAGAUUACCAGAAAUUUUAUCCCAUGAGCGUAAUCACCAUGAAGAACGUGGUAACGAACCUCCUCGAAGUCGUGGUCACGGCUCACGAGGUAGUCAAUCUAGAAAUGGUGGAAGGUCAAGCAGUGCGAGCAAUUAUCUACACCAUCAUUUUAUCCCACAUUAUCCUUUAUUGGGGAAUCUUAUUGAUUCAGGUGAAAUAGAAUUGGAAGACUUUUUGGAUCUAUGGCCUGUUUGGGGUAAUGGUAUUGCAGCAAAUCCGGAUAAUUAUCUAGAUGAGGAUGAGUUUGACUCCAGCUACGAAGGUUUACUUCGAUUAUGCGAACGUAUCGGUGAUGCAAAACCUAAGGGUGUUUCCGAAGAUGUCAUAAAAACCCUACCGGCAAAAACGUUUAUAAUGGGCAAGAGCAAAACUGCUGAAGAGAGAUGCACAAUAUGUUUAACGGGUUAUGAAAGCAAUGAUCUACUCCGAGAUUUGCCUUGUUCGCACGAUUUUCAUCAAGAUUGUAUCGACUCCUGGUUUAAAAAUUCCGACAAAUGUCCAAUUUGUCGACGUAGCAUAGUGGAAAGAUGA